AUGUUCUCACAUUUGAGAAAAGUUCCAAUGGUCAUUCCUAUGUCCGUUGUUCCCAAUAACGUAUGCACCCCAUUUUGUGCGCACAAAACUUCAGGAGUCGAUUGCAAUGCCAACCCGAGGCACAAACAAGUUUUAUCAAACCCGGCCCCCAGAUCUAGAGGAAUUCCCAAGUAUUUAGAGAAGUACAUUUUUUACAAGCAGGCGCCGAGGAACCCAAAAUAUAAAUCGCAGUUUAUCAAUCUGUAUACAGCAGGUCGGAAGUACAGACAACAGAUUAAGAAAACUGGUUAG